GUGGCCCUGCCACCAGUAUUCUAUACCCACAGGUCCGGUUGUCCUUAGAGACCGUUGCCAGGAAAUCUCUCUCUUUUCCCGCCACGGUGAGACAAGAGUGACAGAGGGAAUGUGCAGCCCCUCCCGGCUUACCUAUAUGUAUAUGGCGAGGUAACUCAUGGUCUCUCGCUCCCGUAUCCGUCUGUCUUCAGCGGCCGCGAGCACGGCUUAUUUCGAGAUCAUUGUUUACAUGGGACGUACAUGGGGACGUACGUUGUCCAAGGCGGCUUUUUCUUACCGAGCUGUGACACCCUGGCCAUGCAUGCUGUGGGCUACGACCUCGCAUUCGCAGCCUUUUUAUUUUCUAUCCGGUAAACGAAGUGAGAUAAAAUACAUCACCCUUCUGUUCUGCUUUCAUCCUCUUUUCUUUCCCCUCCCCCCGAUGCUAGUUUGGGUUGAAUUUUGCCAUCUUCGACCCCCGCUCCUCCUGCUUGGCCUAGACAUUCGACUGUGAAAGGAGUUAUGGCUGGCUCUACUUUCAAUGCCAACUUUCUACGCCUGCCGCCCGCUACCGCUGCCCUUCUGCUCAGCGCGGUAUUCCAGUUGACCGGCGGUCACGCAUUGCCGCCACAAACAAGGACCGUUGAUUUGCGCGAGCUGAACAUCGUCUCUUUCCCGCUGCCCACAGCAGCGCCCAUCUAUCUCCCGCGAGCUUUGCGGCGACCGAGACAGAACACGGUUUGCGGCUUUAUUGCGGGGGAUCCGAACCUGCCAGCGACAUGCUCGGCAGGAUCGCAUUGCGUGCUGGAACAGGUGAACGGGAUAGUGGGCUGUUGUCCAGACGGCGGGGACUGCUCGACGGGCGUAUUCACCGGUUGUGUUGACCGGAAUAGCGAGCCGCAAACCGAGAUCAACCCUUACGUCUAUACGUGCCAAGGGUCAGACGUGUGUUACAAGAACCAGUUCGCCGGCGGAUACUCCCAGUUCGGCUGUGGAACUGCAUCCGAUCUGGCGGCUACCGUAGAGACGUCGGCUUUCGACAAGACGAGCGUGGAGCUCGAUCAGACGUUGAUGUCCCUAACGGCGACACCGAGUCGCCUUUCUAGUCCUACCACUAUUGGGUCCUCACCUCCAAGCGAAACGAGCAGCUCCAGCCAAGAUUCCUCUGCCACCUCCUCCUUUACUGCGUCGCCUUCAUCAACUGCCACGCAAUCGAGCAGCUCGAUAGAACCAUCUUCUCCAAGCGCGGAGCAGCCAGCAGCGCCUCCCUCUACUACGUCCUCGAGACCAAGCGAGAGUAACAACGCAGCUAUCAUUGGAGGAUCCGUCGCUGGGGCGGUCGUCUUGAUCGCUCUAAUCAUUGCAGGGUGCCUCUGUUUGAAGAAGCGUCGGGGCAAUAAGCGAGAAGGGCCCGGGCCAUCGCCAGCAGCACCGCCCACGACGGAGUAUAUCAGCCCGGUGAAAUCCCACGGCGCCGCAUUCGCACCUCUCCCUUCGUGGCAAGACGACGACGAAUCACGGCUACUCCCGCCUCACGGCAACAAUAAAAAUAGUAACCCCGACAGUAAUAUUAACGACGGCAACGCGCCCGACUCGUGGCAGCCCCCACCGCCAGCGGCCGCGCCGGGCCGCGGGUUCUUGCACCCGGGGCGGUACCACACGGUGGUGCCUGUCGGCGGCCUCGUAGGCACGGGUCUGUCACCAGUAGCCGAGGAGCCGCCGACGCCUACGCCUACGACGCCGUCGAGCGCUGCCGCCGCUACCGCGGCGCUGCUACUGCGCGGACAGUUCCAGUCUCACCACCAGUACCAGCCGCUCCAAGACCACCACGAGCAUGACCACCACUACGAACAUGAGCAGCAGCAUCCGUACUACUACGACAACCACAACGCCGCCCCCCAACUGCCGCAAACGCUGCCGCAUUUGCAAUCAGGGGCGGCGUCGGAGCUUGACGACUUCUCGCGCGCGUUCUCAAUCGCUGGUACCGACACGCGGGAUAGCGAGGACACGCAGCCGCUGGCGCGGGCGACCGAUAGCGUGGCGGUCGAAGGACCCGGCACCGUUGCCGCCGCUGCUGGAGAUGGGAGCCAGAGCCCUCCCCCAAGAAGGGGUUCGGUGGGAAGAGGAGAGGCUUCUCCCAGCCGAGCAGGAAGCGGGUUCGCGGGGAAUCGGCCUCUCUGGCAGCAGAACCGGCCGCAGGGCCGCAACCAAAUGUGGAUUUGAAAUGCAGCUCCUGGCAAGGGCGGAGUCGAUGUUUUCCGAUGCCAACGCUGCCAACGCUGUUGCCACCAUCGUCAGCGUUGUCGUAGCCGGUAUCAGUAUCACAGCCACCUCCACCAGAACACCUACCGAUACUCAUAUUCUGUGCGCUUCACGAUCAUUGCUGCCACCACAACUAUCUAGCAACCUUUACAACAACUAUACACCUAAUAUCGUUUCUGAUAAUGUCUUGUUCUCCUUUAUUUUGCCAUCUCGUCGAGCACAUCAGUAUGGCUGGGUCGAAAUAUAUGUCACACCUUGUAUAAAACCUCCCAACGACGAAUUGUUAUUUUCUGUAUCUCAUUGCACAUAUUUGCACUACUGUUC